AUGACCCCUGUGGAAACCAGGAAAACAAAGACCUCAAGGAAAGCUGAGGAGAGCUGGUCAGUGGACUGUUCCCAGGAUUUCCAAGAGGUCGACCCUCCUCUGCCUAAUGUUGAUCAUUCCUAUGCAUUGCCUGCAUCUCCUGCUGUUCCAAAGACCAGACUCUGUGAAGCCUUGGCUAGAGUGGAGAGUCUGGAGCACGAGUUGAGGAAUGUCAAGGACCGGGAACGGAGGGCAAAGAAGACGGUGCGUGAUCUUCUAGAGGAUCUGAAGGGAAAGAACCUCAUAAAUGAAGAUCUGAAAGAGAGACUUGGUUUCUACUCUGGUAAAAUGAAAAUAAUAUUUUUUCUUCUUUUUUUAAUGGGAAGAGCAUUUACUAGUUAA